CUAUAUGUUUACUACGUUGGUCGCUGGGCAAGACUAGUAGAAUUUGUAACAGAGUAUUUCGUUAAAAGGGGCUCAUACUGUCCAACUGGAACAUGACUGCAAAUGUUAUUUAUGUAUAAACAAGCAUAAAUGAAUAAGGAAGUCAACUUUCAAUAAUAAAUCUUAUUUCUAAUUCUAUUUUACUGGUUAUUCAAUUUUUGGAAAUGAGUGGAAAAAGAGAAUUUGAAAAUCCUUAUUCUGAUGAAAUAAGUGGCAAACUUGUUGAGAAUUCUGGAAAGGUUUGCCAACCUUUAGAGCUUCGAUUGAGACAUAAUAUUGAGAAGUAUUUAAACCAUUUACAUAAUGGCUUGAAGUAUUCGAAUCCCCAUGAUUACUCUGUUUACACUGGAUCUGCUGGUAUUGCAUUACUUUACCUUCAUGUCGCCUCAACUGUUUUAUCUCAAAAUGUGGGUGAACAAACAAGGUUGUUGACCAAAGCUACAGAUAUUAUUGAAGGUGAUUUGCGCAGACUGAGCAGAAGGCGUGUCACAUUUCUUUGUGGUGAUUCAGGUAUUUUAUCCAUUGCUGCAGUGUUGUAUGCAAAGCUCGGACAAAAACAAAAAAGUGAUGAAUGUCUAUCUGCCCUAUGCUCCUUGCAUCGUGACAUAGGAGAUGAUUUGUCUCUGCCAGAUGAAUUGCUGUAUGGUAAAGCAGGAUACCUCUAUUCUCUCUUAUUUGUAAAAACUCAUUUAGGAAAAGACCAGUUGUUGGAUCAUAUUGCUGAAAAGGUUGCCUCAGCCAUGUUGCAUUCUGGAGUUAGUCUUGCUCAAAAGAAACAUACCACAUCUCCCCUAAUGUAUGCUUGGCAUGGUAAAUAUUACGUUGGAGCUGCUCAUGGUAUUGCUGGAAUAUUGUACAUGUUAUUACAGCUUCAUCCAUACAGUCAUGCUGUGAAAGAACAUAUAAACGAAAUUCAGGGCAGUAUUGACUAUCUACUCACAGUACGAUUCCCAUCGGGAAACUAUCCAUCCUCCUUUGAAAAUGAAAAGGAUCGUCUGAUCCACUGGUGUCAUGGUGCUCCUGGAGUUGUGUUUUUAAUGUUGAAAGCAUUUCAGGUGUUUGAAGAAAAGAGGUACCUGGAUGCGGCAAUAUCUUGUGGGGAAGUUGUUUGGAAACGUGGUUUGUUAAAGAAAGGUUAUGGUAUUUGCCAUGGUGUUUCUGGGAAUGCCUACACCUUUUUAGCCCUUUAUAAACAUACGGAAAAUGAGCUUUAUCUUCAUAGAGCAUUGAAGUUUGCUGAAUGGACAUUUUCGUAUGGGGAACAUGAUUGUCGGACUCCUGACGCACCGUUCUCAUUGUUCGAAGGACUCGCGGGAACCAUUUAUUUUUGGUCAGAUCUUCUCGAUACCAAGAAAUCUCGCUUUCCAGCUUUUGAACUUGGCUAGAAAACAUUUGGCUACGUAAAAGAAAGUUUGUGUAUUGUAUGUAAACGUAAAUCACAAUUUACUCGCCUUUUCACAACAGGUUCACUUUCCUUUUCAAGAAUUGCAUAAUAAUUAUAAAGUUAAAUGCAUGUUGUGCAAACAAAGUUGUAAAAAAGAUUUUGUUAAAAAAUAGAGAGUAAUCACUUCUAAAA